CAAAAAAAAAAAGAAAUGACAACAGAAAAGCAAACCCAAAAAAAGUGAAAGAAAAAAGAAGAAAAAAAAAAUUAAAAAUCUAUACAUACAUAUCAAUUCUAGAGAGAGAAAGUAAAAUACCCAUUUUGAUAUUUGAACCAAAAAUUUAAGAAAUUUGGUUACUUUCUCUCUCUAAAAAAAAAAAAAAAACUCCCUUUUUUACCCUUCAAGAACUCUCAAAAGCCCACUUGAUUUUAUUGGUUUUUUCAGAUUUGAACUUAGUGGUACUGGAGUUCAAGGCAUAAUGGUGUUUGUGGUUCAGCAAAUUAAGCUUGAAAUUUGCAUUGCUGUAAUUGGUGAACUACGCGGGAGCUCAAGCCGAUUUCAAUAGCGAAAAGGCAAGAAGAAAAAAAAAUCAAUUUUUUGAUCUUGGCAAAAUCCUAAAAUUUUCAAUUCGGAGAAAGAUGGGUGAAUUAUAGCUUAUUCCCAGUAGUUUGGAAAGGAAGAAGGUAGAGUCGAAAAGAAACCAAUGGAAGACUGUUCGAAAUAUGUUCAUAGUCCAGCUCAUUUAGCUGUGGCUAAGCGAGACUAUGCCACUUUAAAAAGAAUAGUUGCUGGCCUUCCUCAAUUGGCCAAGGCUGGUGAAGUGAACACUGAGACGGAGUCUCUGGCUGCUGAGAUCAAUGCAGAUUCUGUUUCUGCAGUAAUUGAUAGGCGGGAUGUUCCUGGCCGUGAAACCCCAUUGCACCUUGCUGUUCGGAUGCGGGACCCUAUCUCUGCUGAGAUUUUAAUGGCUGCAGGCGCCGAUUGGAGUCUUCAGAAUGAGAGCGGGUGGAGUGCUCUCCAAGAAGCGGUGUGUACCAAGGAGGAGAAUAUUGCUAUGAUUAUUGCUAGGCAUUAUCAGCCUCUUGCUUGGGCCAAGUGGUGCCGAAGACUUCCCAGGAUUGUUGCCUCGGCUGGUCGAAUUCGUGAUUUCUACAUGGAAAUAACCUUCCACUUUGAGAGCUCAGUUAUACCGUUCAUCGGACGGAUUGCUCCAUCGGACACUUAUCGGAUUUGGAAACGAGGUUCUAAUCUUCGUGCAGAUAUGACUCUUGCAGGGUUUGACGGGUUCCGCAUUCAACGUUCGGAUCAAACUUUCCUCUUUCUUGGAGAAGGGUAUUCGUCAGAAGACGGGAACAUAUCUUUGACUCCUGGUUCUUUAAUUGUGCUUGCUCAUAAGGAGAAAGAGAUUACAAACGCGUUAGAAGGAGCUGGUGUUCAACCAUCUGAAGCUGAAGUUGCUCGUGAAGUUGCUUUGAUGUCUCAAACGAAUAUGUAUAGACCGGGAAUUGACGUUACUCAGGCGGAACUCGUUCCCCACUUAAAUUGGCGGAGACAGGAGAGGUCUGAGAUGGUCGGUACAUGGAAGGCAAAGGUGUAUGAUAUGCUUCACGUUAUGGUCAGUGUAAAAUCGAGGCGUGUUCCUGGUGCGAUAACCGAUGAGGAGCUCUUUACAGUGAAUGACGAUGAAAAAGUAAUGAACGGUGGUGAUGAUUAUGAUGAUGCGUUAACGGCUGAAGAACGAAUACAGUUAGAUUCUGCACUUCGGGGCAAUUCAGAUGGACCUGGUGAGGAUGAGGAGCCUGAGGUUCAUGAUUUUCAGAGUUGUGAAUCGAACGGUGUUACAAAGGAGAAGAAGAGUUGGUUUGGUUGGAGCAAAAAAGGCAGCUCAAAAGACACUAAUGACGAUUCAGAUGACUCAAAGCUUGUAAAGAAGUUCUCCAAGCUGGCUCCAGAGGAUAGCAAGCAGAGACCAAAUGAAAAUCACGCAUCAUCAUCCGAAGUUCCUCGGGAGGAUACGGGGGAUAGUAAAAGGAGCAAAGAUAAGAGCAGCAAGAAGAAAAAGAAGAAAGCAACCGUGGGUGAGCCUAAGACCGAAAGUGAGUAUAAAAAAGGAUUAAGACCUGUUUUGUGGUUGACGCCAGAUUUUCCGCUGAAAACAGAAGAACUCUUGCCAUUGCUUGAUAUUCUGGCCAACAAGGUUAAAGCUGUCAGAAGAUUAAGGGAGCUUUUAACUACUAAACUACCUCCUGGCACAUUUCCUGUCAAGGUAGCAAUCCCUAUAGUUCCAACCAUUCGAGUUCUUGUUACAUUUACAAAGUUUGAAGAGCUUGAACCAGUGGACGAAUUCUCAACCCCUCUUUCAAGCCCUACAAAUUUCCAAGAUGCUAAGUCGAAGGAAUCAGAUGGCUCUACAUCAUGGAUUUCAUGGAUGAAGGGGAACCGUGAUGAGCUAUCUAACGAUAGUAAACUCCAGAGUUUCCGGGAUGAGAUUGACCCUUUCCGUAUACCUUCAGAUUAUUCUUGGGUAGAUGCAAAUGAGAAAAAACGCCGAAUGAAAGCCAAGAAAGCAAGGAGCAAGAAGCAUAAAAAGCAUAGUGCUGCUAGAAAUCCAGAGAAUGGGCAGCAUACAAGUGAGGAUGUUGAAGAAUAGUAGCGACGAGUCUCUCCUAAUCAUAGAAAGAAAGAGGUAAAGCUCCAUGCUUCCCUGCUCGUAUCCGAGGGCCAAUCAAGUUUUGGCUGGAUUUUCCUGGGGAGAAGUGUUAGGGGCUUGCCUCGAUUGUAUAAGAAGAUAUUGAUGUCUGCUUUUGUAUCUUUAUUUGAUGUUGAAUUUAUAAAAUGUCUUCUUUCUUCAUAGCGUCUCAGGCAUGUUUACUGAGCUAAAUACAUUAGGCGCAUUUUGAGUUUGGAGAUGGGGAGAGCUUCAAUGCAUCUCCCAUUCUUUGUCGAACAGUGAGUUGCAUAUUGAUUUUCUUUGUAGCUUUGAAAUAGGAGAGCAUUUUGUGCUUUGCCGUUUUGUUAAGCAGGUGAAAUUUGUAUAGGUUUUUAUACUUCCCAACAGCCUAGCAUGCCUGUGCAUUCUUUUUGGAACUUUGGAAAAUCUUGAUGUGUACCGAAGCCUUUGUUUUCU